AACAGCUAAGGACACUUGGGCACUUCAACUGUGCAAUCCAACUUCAACAUCACGAUGCUCGACUAUACAGAAUACAACAACGUGUUCCCCUCUCCGGGAUUCAUAAACCCCUACGAUCACAAGGGAGCCAGUGCCAUUGAGACUUUCCGCAAAUCAUUGGGCGGCGUCCUGUUUGUGGAUCGCGUCCUAAGUCGGUUAGGCAUCGCCCAAGGCACUGCAUAUCCGCCCAGAGGUGAGAACGGCUUGCGCUCCCUCCACCAACAAAUCUGCCAGAGCAGCGCCUCGUCGAUCCAAAAGAUAUCCGUUCUUUACUAUCUCCUCCUCGACCAUGAUGACGUCCAUCCAGGUCGUUCGCAUUGGGCGGACAGCUUUGCUGAGGAGACGGGACUGCCGAAAAAGUACCAGAUCCUUAUGAGGGGCCUGUGGCACAUGGAUCGCAUGGAGUUCAAGUACGCAAUCGAAAACCUAACCCACCCAUCCCUCCCCACCGAAUUCGCCGACGAAAUCACCAUCGCCCUUGUCCGCCAUCCGCUCGUCAACAAGCGCAGCUCCACCAGUCAGAGCGAUUACACGCUAGCUCUCGCCUACUUCCACGCCGCCCAGCCCGUCUUUACUUCAUCCGAGGCUCUCGAGCUGCUCUUUGGCGCUCUUGCUCGUACUAACGUCACCGAAGCACUCGAUUUCUCGCGUCGCUACCCGGAGUGGACCCGCCAGCAGCUGUUUGAAAGGUUAGUAGCUUCCAUUCUAGAGCAGCCGGACAAGUUAGGAGCGAGGGGCAAGGAACUCGUUAGCGCGGCGUUGACGGGCGAGGAGGAAAGCUGGUUUCAGGAGUACUUGAGGCACGGGGAAGGAAGGAAGAGUAAAGGCGCAAAUGCGCUUUUGAGGAUGAGAGGGGUUGUGACGGGGAGGUUGAGCAGCACUGCCGCUCUGGAGAACCUUGCUGGUUAUUCGUGAGGCUAAAGAGUUGUGGGUAUACCUUCAUAGCUUGGCAGUUUUCUGUCGAUAGGUUGAUCUCUGGCAACGGGCAUAGCGACGGCGUUUGGAUACUUUUGGGUCUUGCCAUGGGGAGAUGGUCACCUGAGUCAACAUGUUUAUGACUGUUUAUCGUCAAACCGACGAGAAUGCUCUUUUGCUUUUUCGAUUUGCAGCAACGAAGGUCGAGUCUCGCUGACUGGCAGUAAUGACUGGACGUUCCUGAUUGGUUUCAAUCAACUGAAAGAGGCAUCC